UGGUUGGAUUCAUCAUUCAUCAUAACCUAACUAACUACUGGGGCUACUGCUUAAUUUCCAAUUUCUAUUAUUAGUAAAGUUUACAGUUUGUUUGUCGUUUCCUUCCUAAUUUGUAUGCAAUUAUCGUGACAAUUACGAUAGCCACAGGAUUGGUUUGAACAGUGGAGACUAAGCAUGGGUCAGACACUGUCAGAGCCGGUGACGGCAAAGGAGACAUCAUGCUGUGAAAACAAUCUUUACAAGGUUGGAUCGAGCUGCAUGCAGGGCUGGCGAAUCAACAUGGAAGAUGCACACACCCACAUACUUUCUCUUCCCGACGAUCCUGAAACACCAUUUUUUGGUGUUUAUGACGGCCAUGGGGGUGCUAAAAUAGCUCAAUAUGCCGGUAGACAUUUACACAAGUAUAUUGUCAAGAGACCAGAGUACCAAAAUGAAAACACUAUUGUAGAAGCUUUACAGCAGGGUUUCCUUGCGCUGGAUGCUGCGAUGCAGGAUGAGGAGUCGCUCAAGGAUGAGCUAGCCGGCACUACAGCAAUCUCGAUCAUCAUUAAGAACAAUAGACUAUACUGUGCAAACGUAGGAGACUCUCGAGCUAUAGCCUGUGUGGGAGGUAUUGUUAGUCCUCUUUCUUUUGACCACAAGCCAAGCAACGAAGACGAAGCCAAGCGCAUCAACGCGGCCGGUGGCUGGGUCGAGCUUAACAGGGUCAAUGGCAACCUCGCUCUGUCUAGAGCACUAGGAGACUAUGUCUUUAAAAAGAAUGAAAAGAAAAGGGCAGAGGAACAGAUUGUAACAGCAUUUCCUGACGUGAUAAUGAGAGAUCUUACUCUAGACUGGGAGUUUGUGGUAAUGGCUUGUGAUGGUAUCUGGGACGUCAUGACCAAUGAGGAGGUGUCAGACUUUGUCCGUCUGAGGGUAGGCACAGGCAUGGAACCAGAGAGUAUCUGUGAGGAGCUGAUGACCCGAUGUCUAGCUCCGGACUGUCAGAUGGGAGGUCUCGGCUGUGACAACAUGACAGUAGUCAUCAUCUGUUUUCUACAUGACAAGCCGUACGCGGAGUUGGUUGCGCGAUGUGCCGAGCCACCACGUCCCAUCCUCCCUCCCUAGCCCUCGUCUCACAACUGCCAACUGUAAAUUCUCGUACUGUACAGAAUGUGAACUUGUCUCGGUGUACAUAAGCUUAAUUUUAAAUUAUGAAUUUAUUUUUUUAAUAAAUUAUUUAUCUGUAUUACCAAUGUUCCUGCUGCACGAGAUGUUUUUGACAGUUUAGAGUUUUUUUAUAUUUUCAACGACCAAUGUAAUUCUGUCUAGGAUACUUAAUUUGUAUUGUAUUCCGAAAUUUAAUAUGGAGACUUAGUCAAAUCAAGUUUCUUCUAUUGAAACAUAUAAAAUUUCUUGUAUACAGGAAUUUUUAGUAGUGCAGUAAAAUUUUAAAGUA